AAAAUGAUUUUAAGAUGCUUCCUUGAAGUAUUUCAAAAAUCUUAGCCAAACUGUCAGCUCUUUCCCUCCCCCUUUCUCCAGCUACCAUGACCUCCACUGCCACCGCCGUUCUCUUCCCCACCCCACCAUUUUUCACCCCAAAAUACUCCUCGUCCCUCCUCCUCACCCGCUCCAUCCUUCCCUUCCCUUCCCUCAAGCCCAAACCCCUUCACUUCCCGUUAACCCCCACCCUAAAACCCUCAUUCCUCGUCCGAGUCGACGACGGCGACGGCGACGCCGAUCCGGGAGGACCCAGCGACUACGACGCGGACGAAGAAGAAGUCGAACUCGACAACACGAAAGACUUUGAAGUCGAAUACGACCCUUUAGAGGCCGCCUCUGUUGCUACCGCUUCCGCUACUACUGUUGACGUGGACAUUGCCAUUAUUGAGAGUAAGAGCUUUGUGUCGACUCAAGGAUGGGACUCGGAUAUGGUGGUGGAUUAUAGGAUAAACGAGGAGGAGUUUCAUAAGAUCAGCUUAUUGGAUUGUGACUUUUUUAUUCGGAAGCCACCCGACCCGGAUAAUGAUGUCUAUGAUUUCAGGGAGAUGUAUGUUACUCCACCGGAUACGGAUGUGUAUUCCAUUCCCAAGGUUCUGGCUCCAAUGCCUCAAAAGUACAUCCGCUGUGCAAUGAGUGAUUAUGGCUGCUACAAUGUUACGGAACCACCCAUUGAUGCGCCUCGAGAUCCACUUUAUAAAUCUGAGAAAGAGAUCAUGAAGGUUUUUUUGACAAAACAUUACAGGAACCGAAGGUUGAGUGACCCAGAAUUUGUGCUAGACUUUGAGGAGAUAUAUGUGAUUGAUUCAAAGACCAAGUCAAUUACAAGAGCAAAAGUUUUGGUCACAGUUCCAGGAGGAAGAAACCGGGAUAGAAAGAGUGACCUGCUUGUUAUACGUGAUAACGGAAACUCCUUCAAAAUUAUUCAUGCGAGUGAAAGAGACGAUCCAACAACUGUAAUAGAAAGGGAAGAGUGGGCCAAGAGCAGGCAAGACAUGGAAAGACAUCUCAGAAAGCUACGGGACUUCAACAUUUCAAAUUGGUUCUAAUCCAGUAACAUAAUUUAGAGGUUGCUUCAAGAAGAGAAUCAUGCAACAAGUCCAGAUUAUGUGGAUGUGUCAGUGUGAUAGGAAAUCGAAGUUUGAACUUGCAAAAAAAAAAAAAAAAUUGAGAGCAAAAAAUGACUUCCUUCACCAGUAGUUCCCUGCUGAAGCUGAAAUACCGGAUGUUCUUGGGGCACCUGCCCUGUUUUAUUUUGUUGUAUGUUGUUGUAGUUAGGAGAACUUGUAAUUAUUGUUCUUGGUGCUCUUUUGAUUUUUCCGGAUUCUACACGAGCUUGCCAACUUAA